CACUUUGAUAAAAUCGAAACUGUCCCAACUUUGACAGGAAGAUUUCUCCAGCUCGUCUUUACAUCUUUCACAUUUUCUUUUUUUUCUUUUGCGUGUUGGGGUGGGUGACAACAACCAUGCAGAGCAGUGCUUACGGGGCCUCGCUGGCUGGCGGCGCUUUUGAUGUGGUCAACUUUGUAAAACAGCCUCAAACCAUUUUGCGCUGCCUGAGCUGGUUAUUCUCCAUUGUGGUGUUUGCAACCAUCACAGGAGAAGGCUACAUCAACCCACAAAGUGAAGCAGAGACCAAAUGCAUGUUCAACUCCAACGACAGCGCCUGCAGCUACGGGGUCGGAAUCGGGGUCCUGGCCUUCUUGGCUUGUGUCGUCUUCCUCAUGCUGGAUGCCUACUUUCCACAGAUCAGCAAUGCCAAGGAGAGAAAAAUUAUCGUGAUAGGAGAUUUGGGCUUCUCAGGGGCUUGGACGUUCCUGUGGUUCAUCUGCUUCUGUGUCCUGACCAACCAGUGGUCCAAAACCAAGGACCUGGCCAAUGUCUCGGGUGAUGCAGCCCGAGCCGUUGUGGCCUUCUCCUUCUUCUCCAUCAUCACUUGGGCUCUAUUAUCCUACUUUGCGCUUGGAAGGUACCGCCAAGGCGUCAGUGAAUUUGACCAGGAGUACAGAGACCCAGCCAACGACCACAGCACCCCGUACCCGCCCGCUCCGUACAACAGCAGUGGCCCGACAGGCUACCAGCAGUCGCCUUUCUCUCAGAGCCAGGAGCAGCCGGGAGAGUAUCAGCCUCCAGCUUAUUAAAGGACUGAGAUUCAAACACAUGAAUCCAACAGGAGGAGUUUGCUUUUUUUAAAAUAAACGUGUGCCAAUGGUUUCAUUUACAACUCUGUUCUCUGCACUCCCAUUUACUUCCUGCAGAACUUGUUUGCAUAUGUUUUGGCUGCACUGAAGUAUUUUUAUUUCAUAACAUUGUUGUCAUUUUUUGAGGUGGCUGUUUGCUGUGCUGUUGAAGGUGCCACACAGAGCAUGGGAUCUCUGGGAAUAUAUAUAUUAUUUUUGGUUAAAAGGAGAUUGUCUUGGUGAGAGAUGGGAUGACCGUGCCACUGUUGUCUUUGUACCAAACCAACUAAAGUUACUUUAAUACCACUCUAGUUUAGCUUCUGAGUGCAAACUGUUGAUGUCAAAGCACCAAUCGACAAACUACUUAAGAUUUACUGUGUUGCCAAGAAAUCUGCUUUGCAUUUUUAAGACGAACAAAAAAGCAUUCUUUUUGAAUAUGUUACUGUUAAUGACAUUUAACAUUUUUUUUUAAUUUUUUUUUAUUAGUCAGAUUCAUAUACAGCAGUUCAACAAAAUUAUUUUAGUGAUACAGUUCAGUUAGAUUAAUUUUUUACGACAAAACAAACCAAUGUUAUUUAAUCAAUGGGUGCAAUGAGAAUGAGAUGUGUGCUCUAAAACUACUGUGAUGCCAUGUUUCUGUUCCUUUUCUAAUAAUCAACCACUGAAAAUGGCUUUAAUGAACUGAGAAGCCUGGUUCAUUUCUUUAAAGCAGUUAAAUACCAAUAUCUGAUCUAGAUUUGUAGAUUCGUUUUAAUUAAUUCCACAGUUAUUAUUUAGUAUUAGUAUGUAGGGGUGUUUUUGUUUUUAUUUUAAGGUAGCCAAACCAUUGAUUUGUAUUAGCUACCUCUGCAGAAGUCUAAUGUGCCUUCUUUAAGUUCAUUAUCAGUUAUAUUAAAUAUCUAAUUCAGCAAAUGUUUCAUCUAUAAUUUGGUUUCAGGAAUUCAGUGAUGCUGUGGUAAAUUUAUAUAUUUAUUAUCUUAAAUCUUUCAGUCGUACAUGACAAUCAAACCAUCAUCUUUUUUCUACACUUCUUAAUGCUCUUGCUUUUCUUACACUGUAGUUGUACCUUUGCACGUGUUGCAGUUUCACUGCCCGAUGGCUUUACAAUAAUUCCCCAUUGCCUUUAUACAACAUGCUGUAUCACACGGGGUUUGCCAAAUAAAAACUGUUCUCGUUUUGAA